AUGAAGAAAGACAACAGCGCCGUACAGACAAGGGGAAAAUCCCCAGACAAGACGCAUAUAGAAAAGUACCAUGCAAACCCAUUCACAAACUCGAAAGAAGAUUACUACAAUGAAAAAAUAUUGCGAAUAAUAUGUACCAUACUGUUGCGUAAAAAUAUAAAAAGAGCUGACUGUGUAGUGUUAGAUUUGCUGUUUAAUUUUUUUGUAAAAAUGGUUAAAACGAUCGGAAUGAAUUGCAGGAAGUUCUCUUCCCUCAGAGGAAGUGUUGUUGUGAAUUACAUCGACAUAAAGCAUUGCAUCAAAUUGGCCUUAAAUAAUUUGUACGGGGAAAUUUACAUGGUGAGCAAUUUUAAUGACCUCUUUGAAAAAUCCCCAUAUGAGGUUGAAGAAGAGGAGGAUGAUGCUGUUAAAAAAAAAAAUCAUAAUUAUAUAAACGUUUUGCAGAACUCGUACUUAUACUACAAGCAACUGUGUAUGAAGCAGAGAGAAAACAAUGACUCGAUAGAAAACUUGGAUGGUACCAACCCUUUGGACAGCCUGCACAACAUGACCAACUUGAACUAUCUAAACAUUGGGAACAACUCCUCAUCAAAUGAAAAUGUAAACGUUUUAUUUUUAAAUGAAAAUAUCGAUAUCGAAAAGUACAAGGAAAUUAUGAAAUUGAAGAAAAAAUAUGUGCAUGAUCAUAUGCCCAUUAUUCCACUGUCCCUAAAUCGGAAAGAAAAAAAAACGGGACUUUACAAUGACAAGGCGGAUUAUUACGUGGACUUAUCAUCUUCCUAUAGCUCCUCCGCCAAGUCGUCCAUGUCUUCUUCAUCCGAAUCGUCUCAUCCCUGCAGUGAUGAUUCGGACUUCUUUCACCACAUGAACGAAAACGGCUGCGACGGAAAGAAACUUGAGAGUGAAACAAAGGAAGACAUGGGACAGGAGAAAAUGCAGGUGUUGAGUCUCCUGCCCAAGUUGAGGGACAUAUAUAUGCAGAACGCAGAGCGAAAGCGCCAAGGGGGGGACCCACAGGCCCCUGCAGAGUGCUUGUUUAAUUCGUUGAAUAUUUUUGAGGCCCCAGAUGGGGGCGACCGUUAG